AUGUCCGCUGUCUCGUCGAUCCACUUCGCUGCAGUGGUAGAAUGGUUUGACAAUAUGACGACCAACGGCAUCAAUAAGCAGCCCUCCCCAUUGGCCCCGUCAACCAUCCAUAUCACCACGCACAAUGCUUCGGGUCAAGCAACACUCCACAGUUCAGAGCAGGCGAAAUGGACGGCCUUCACAGACUUGAAGUUCGCCUCGGCGUCUCUGUAUACGACCACUGCCAUGCCGCCCGACCUCAACGACGACGCCGAUAUUAAGAGCUUUAAGGAAGUGGUUUCCCGAGGAGUUGUCCCUGCCGUGUUGCCCCAGGGCACCGUCUGCCGCUUCGUGGACUUCGAACCCAACGGCAAAGGCUUCAUGCAUCGCACCCAAAGUCUCGACUACGGCAUCGUCAUGGAGGGAGAAGUGGUUUUGGAACUUGACGAUGGGAGCGAGACGCACAUGACCAAGGGUGAUGUGGCCAUUCAGCGGGCCACUGUUCAUGCGUGGAGCAACCCGAACCCGACCGAGUGGGCAAGAGUCUUGUUCGUCUUGCAGCACUGUGAGCCACUCUAUGUGGGAGGCAAGAGAUUCAAAGAGGACCUUGGUGCCGCGAAUGGCCAUGUGCCCGAGAGUGCUAAUGAUCACGAGUAA